CCGGAUGAUAAUCUCACCGUCGGCCCGGCCCAAUUGCGCUCGAGCCUGGAAGCUUCGCUUCUCCUGGUUUGGUUUCUCUUCUCGCUCCCCUCUCUCUGGCAUCAAUCUUUUGGUGGCAAGUAGAAGGAGAAGCGAAACGAAGCAAAGCAAAAAGAUGUCGAAGUCUUGCAAGGGUCUGGCCAUGGAACUCGUCAAAUGCCUCAGCGAAUCCGACUGUGUCAAGGUUGAGAAGCGACCAUACAGGGAAUGUGCAGGUGAGAAGGUGCCUUCUAUACCAAGCGAAUGUGUAGGCUUAAGGGAAACAUACUUCAACUGCAAGAGAGGCCAGG